AUGUCUACUCGCAAAAGAUCUUCAAGCUCACAACCGUCUACCUCUAGUAGUAAAACAACAUCAGGAGAACCUUGGAGCACGCAAGAAGAUAGGCUCCUAAUUGAUAGUAUGUUGGGAUUGAUCCCUUCAGUUCCUUGGGCUGAAUUUGCUGAAAAGUUUCCAAAUAGAAAUGUCAAAAGUUUACAGAAUCUGGACAGUUUGUUUGGAAAUUAUCAUGAUGACUAG